GUGGAUAGUAAUGAGUUGGUAAACACACAGAAUAAUUUGCAUGUGGUGACCUUCGAACAUGGUCUCAGCGAAAUUACGUUCUUAGAAACAGCGAGAAGCUUAUGUGUUAGUACUUCAUUAUAUAGCAAGUCACAUCUGCAAUUAGUAGAUACCGUGUUUAAUCUGAAAAGCUAUUUCUCCAUAGUUUAAUAUGCCUAGUCAUUGUCAUUGGUAUGGUCCAUGGUGAAUAGGUUAAUCUGUAUGCAAACCAGAAAAAAUAUUUCUUUGAUGCAGUUGUUGUGCGCAUGAAGCCAUGUUUAAAGAUCAACUGGUUCACAUUUGCCAACCUACAAUGCAGAUAUUUAUUCUCAGAAGAUGAAAAGAUGCUCACGACCUCAUACCAGAAAUCAAUUGAACAUUUAUUCACUGAUGCUCAUAGCCAUGGGCAUGUUUGUAUGGAAUCCAAAUGUAAUCAAAACAAAUGCAAAGUGUAUACACGAUGGUGUGGCUGCCCCAUCUCACAAACCAAGUCCACAAGUUUAUGACCGUCGGUUGACCAAACCAGAGACCGAAACAACUACAGCAGCACCACUGACUACAGCUGUAGUGGAGCCACUAAACAUGGACAACACUUUUGAACCUGCUUAUCAAUAUUUCUAUGACUAUACGUCAUUCAGCUCUUCGAGUACAAAUUCAGUUGGAGAUGAACGUACUAUACACAAGAAAAAAAGAAAACGCAAUGUUGGGAGAAAACAUUAUGCUUCGGAUAGCGAUAUUUCAGAAGGAACGCAAAGUUUUGAAAAAAAGAGACGUUCUGUUAGCGACAACAACUUUGAUAAUGGCAUUACUCAAGAGAGUGAUGCUGUUGCUGAGAUGUUUAAACCACUGAGACUUUCUGUAUGGUAUGACCACAGUUAUUUGACUUACAUUAAUGGUACUACUGAGUUUGGACGACUGGACACCGCUUUGAGAAGAGCUGUGGAACAAAUUGGAAAACUAUUUUCAGUAAUUCCUGUACAAGGUCCGUUAUUAUUAUCGAGAGAUAAUAAUGAGUUAUGUGCGGGUGUGCAUUGGAAUACUUCUUCACCUAAUUACGGAAGAUGUGGUUCGAUAAACCCAAGUUACAAUGGGGAGAGAUGUCUCGAUAACUUCCAGAUACCAGAUGACCAUUUACAAGGCUUCAGCACAUAUAAUAACGACAAUACAGAACCUGUCCAACAUUUUAGUGAUGGUGGGGGAAUUCCCAACACUGAUACUGUUGUGUAUGUACGUUCGCAGGACACAGUCAAAUGUUCCGAUGGUGAGGUUGUAGCUUAUGCAACAUAUUGUCACACUGACCAGUUCAACCGACCAGUGUCUGGUUUCCUAAACUUUUGUCCACGUUAUUUGUCGUCAACAAAUUUUGAUCAAGAUCAAUUUUACCUGUCAGUUCUUCAUGAGUUGUUUCAUGUCCUUGGCUUCUCCAAAAAAUUGUUUGACAAAUUUAAAACCUGUAGAGUUGUAAGACAGAACUCAGGGCCACAAUAUGAAUGUGAGAAUCGUCAGAAUGUUUUUGGGUUUCUGGAUAAUUUGUUCCGUAUACUCACACCUACAGUAAGUGAUGAAUCCAACCAACAUUUUAACUGCAGUCGUAUAAAGGGCCCCUUGGUAACUAACCAAUUGCCACAGUCACAAGUGAAGACAGUUAGUUCACAUUGGGAUUCAAGAUACCUCCAACCUUCUAUUAUGACAUCAUCAAUAGGAUUGUCUCAUCUUACUGUGAUCGACCGAAUUACUUUAUCCGUGUUCAUUGAUACCGGCUGGUACAGAGUAAAUAUGUCCCAAGCAGGACAAUUGUUUUGGGGCAAGAAUGCUGGCUGUCAGUUUGGGUCUACUACCAGCUGCAGAAAUGGAGAUUCACCCUUCUUCUGCACUGCAUCAGAUGUUGUAAAUGGCUGUCACUACCUUCAUCUUGACAAGGGAGUCUGUGAAACAAACAGUUUCUUAGAUUCCUGCAAAAUGUAUAAAGCAACCAAAGGUAGUGAAUGUUGGCAGGAUCCUCUUGAUAGCACAAGUGCUGAGGAAUUGGAGCAGAAAGGUGAGGUUUACACCAUCAACAGUCGAUGUUUUAUCUCAAAUCUUUCAAAACCAAACCCAGAUCCUCCCACAUCCCACUCUAUCUCAAGGAGAAGCAUCCCUGAAGAAGGAAGAUGUUACGAGCAUCGAUGCAACAACACUAAGACACUUGAGAUCAGAGUGAGGGGUUCAAACUGGUUCAUUUGUCCAAGCAGGAAAAUUGUCAGAAUACCGGAUUAUGAUGGUUCAAUAAGAUGUCCUGAAGUUCGGCUGAUGUGCAAUCCUAAUAUUAAAACAAGUGCCAAAAGUGGUACUCAACCAUGCGCGACAAUCAACGUUUCGUUUUCGAACCUCAAUAUAUUUCUCAACUCUCCACUGCCUGCUGGGACUUCCCCACAAUCGAGAUACAUUGCUUUUAUCAAGGAAUUCAUGGAGGUUGUCAAUAAACUUGUGAAGGCUAACGGGACUGAAAUUUCUGGUGGAAUGUCUCGAACCGGUACAAACAUGAUCUCGUUCCGGUUAAAACCAGUUGAGGAAGGUGACAAACAGAAGGUGUUUAAGAACACUUGUAGUGAAGCUGUUAGAAGGUUGAAAACUAUGGUGACUGAAAGAUUACUUUUUGUUCCUGUGGAAGGCACAGAGAUCACUGCAAAUGGAAUAUCAGUGAAAUUUGCCUUGGCUGUUUGCAAUGAUGAAGUUCAGGACACUAUUACUAACAACGAAUCUGCAACUGGAAAUCAAAACACUAAACAAAAAACACCCCCGAAGUCUGGCAUCGUAGCUGCUAUUACUGUUGGUGUAACUUGUACUGUGGUUUUUGCAUCAGUUGGUACGAUACUGUAUCUCAAAAGUAAAGUUGCAACUGCAGUGGGGCCUGCUAUGGGUUCUGGUGUAGAAGUUGCUUACCAACCAAACCCACGUGGUUCGUUUACUACAGGAUCUGAGAGUGGCAGCAUGGGUCCAAUUCAGUUCCCAGUGUAAAAGUUACUUGUAAUGUUAAAAAUAAAUAGCUUUUAUUUUUUUAUUGUUGGCUUUUGCAUGCUAGCUAGUGUAUACACACAUGCUUAGCUGUAGUUACUGUUGAGAGUAAAACUAUUUAAAAUCUGAUCAUUUUUUUACAUGAACUAUCCCUCAUAUGUGCAUUCUUUUUAUAUUGUUCUUUUUACCCAAUUUCUGUUUCGAUCGCUUUUAACAUUGUGAUCACUUUUAUUUAUAAGCACCUACAUUCAUAUACUGCGCUCAAAUCAUAAUUGCUUAGAUGCCAAACUUAGCUGCUAAAUAGACUUGUUCCUUUGUCUCACCAACUAUAUAUUUACUUUGACCAACACAAACCAAAGCUUCUCGUCUUCCCGUUAGUGACAAACGAAAAGUGUUUUAUUUUCAUUUUACCUUGCAUGUUCUGCAGUCUAUGUUCCAAUUCAUAUAUGGUGCUUUUUUUCAAAAACAUUAGCGAAUCAUGUUUCAUUGUGGUUUAAGUUAGGCUAAUAUGACGUGUCAAUCGUUUGACCAGACCAGCUUUUGUGCUUUGUCCGGUGUGUAGCAAUUUACCCUGUCAUUUUGGAAAAUUCAAUUCGCCCUUUUAAACUAUGAUGUAAUAUGUUCCCAUAAGUCAACUGUUCGAUAUUUUGCACGGAUUCGUUGCUUUCCUUUCUGGUAAUGUAACACGGAAGUUUUAACUCGUUUAUUAAAUUGAUAAAUGUUUUAACCAUGUUUUGUCCGUG